AUGCAACUGGAGAAAAAGCGCACAGCUGUUGUUUUUGCAGACCUUCAAAAUGAAUUUUUGGUCAAAUCUGGAAGCUAUUAUCCAAUAAUUGCAGACAAGCUAAAAGAACUUAAUGUCUUUGACAAUAUCGAGGAACUUUUGAGGUGUGCGAAAGAAAACGAUUACCAUGUCAUCCACUCGCCACAUUAUUAUUAUCCAACCGAUCUUCAGUGGGUUGCUCCAAACAACGCGAUUUCAGACUACCUCGUAAAUCUACCCACUGGUUUUGUUGGCCGGAAAGACCCUGUUGAUUUGGAAGCCUUUCAUGGCUCAGGUGCUGACUACCCAGAGCGGUUGAAGAGAUACCUUAUGGAUGGAAAGACAGCAAACACAUCCCCUCACAAAGGGUUAUCAUGCCUUUCAAACGAUUUAAUUAAGCAGCUGCGUAUGCGACGCAUUGAGAAGGUAAUUAUGGCGGGACCCGUGGGAAAUCUGUGCUUGGAGAAUCAUAUGCGCGAUCUUCUCGAGGCCGGCUUCGAAAUUGCGAUGGUACGUGACGCUAUCGCCGCCGGCCAAAACGAAGAGGGAGACGCCUAUCAAGCUGCAAUGGUAAACUUCCGUUUCAUGUCCAAUGCGCUUUGGACGACGGAAGACACUGUUAAGCGAAUGAAGGCAGCAGCGGCAGUGGACAAACAAUAA